CUGUAACCGAGGCCAAAAGUCACACGCAGCCUGACGUUCUAAGAAUACGCACAAUGCUCGCGAAGUUUGCCUUUCUCGCGGCGACGCUCGUCGUAGUCGCCUGCGAACAUGACGACGACGCGCUACUCGCCAAAGCUCACAACCAGCUCGCCGUGAAUCUGCUGAAGCAGCUUGCGAUUCGGGAUCCUUCAGCCAAUGUUUUCUUCUCGCCGACUAGCAUCGCCGCAGCCUUUGGCAUGGCCUACGCCGGUGCCCGGGGAAGCUCGGAGAACGAGCUGGGGUCGGUGCUCGGUCACACUGCGGUUGGCCUCACAGACCGAGCAAGAGUGCUCUCUGCCUACAAGAACCUGCUGCAGCUCGCGGCCUCGCCGAAUGUGACGCUGGACGUGGCCAACAUGGUCCUCGCGCAGAACGGCUUACCUGUAACCGACAACUACAAGCAGCAGCUGCGCGAUGUCUUCGACGCGGAGCUCCGGUUGGCCGACUUCGCCAACGAAGGCCCCAGUGUGGCGGCCGAAGUCAACGCCUGGGUGCGCGACAAAACCAGGGGAAAGAUUUCCGGCAUCUUGCCUGAAGGUCAGCCGCUGAACAUCAUCCUGUUCAUCCUGAACGCCGUCUUUUUCAAGGGUACCUGGGUUACCAAGUUCGACGUCGCCGACACCGUGAACAAGCCCUUCUUCAACCUCGGAACUACUGAGGUGAGCAAACCGGCGAUGCACCUCAGCACACGUUUGUCGCACACCCGUAUCGACGCCUUACACGCAUCUGCUGUGGAAAUCCCGUACCAGGGUGGUAAGUUCAGCAUGGUGGUCGUGCUCCCGGACACCCCCACUGGUCUUCGGGCACUCAGGGAGGGCCUGUCGGUCGCGAUUCUCGAAGAACUCGGCAGAAAUCUGCACAGGAAAGACGUCGUACUCCGGCUGCCCAAGUUCGAGAUGAGUCUCACCUACAACUUGGUGCCCGCGAUGCAGGCGCUCGGGCUGAACGCCGUGUUCGGAAGCUCGGCUGACUUCAGCGGAAUCACCGAGGGUACGCCCGUCCACAUAUCCGACGCCGUGCACAAAGCAGCUGUCGAGGUUAACGAGGAAGGAACCGUCGCGGCCGCCGUUACAGGACUGCACAUUGUGGCUGCCUCGUCUCUCAAUGCCCCACCACCACCCGUUUUGUUCACCGUUGAUCGCCCUUUCCUGUACUACAUCAGGGACCAGAACACCAACCGCAUCCUCUUCAUCGGCGAAGUCCACAUCCUUUGAAGAGGGCAAUUUUUUUUCUUUUGCGUUGCUUGGUUAAGGAAGAGUUUUAAAGGACUGAAAAGCGCCUGUUCGUAUCCGGAAUCCCACAGUCAAAUUCCUGCUUCAUUUUUUUUUGAACGCCUAUGUGCUGCCCCAAAUAGUGUUGCUAAACAAUUACGUUGCACAGACCAUAAAGGGGUCAAGGCUGUGUUUUCCUUUUGGUUAGCUGCGAAUUGGCGUUGGUGUAGGACGGGAAAAAAGUUUUGUUAUAUCAGUCGCAGCAUAUUCGCACCAUCUGCUGUACUUGGCGCAUUUCAAUAUUCCGUGCGGUCUUCAACAACAUUCGAUUAUCUAGUCAUAGGCUACCCACUAGCUCCGUCUUUAUUUCUUUUCUUUUGUUUUUCGUUGACGAAAAUAAACGACUACACGGGUAUAUACUUAUGUUUUACGACAGCACUGCGUCAAUAGAACGCAGACGUGUCUUCCAGUAGACAAAGGGCGUCUGCAAGUGCAGAACCUUUUUCAGCGUGCGUUCUAUUUCUUAUUCUGUAAAAAUGAGUGGUGUUUCGGAUGCCUUCAUGUUGAAUAAAGAAAUUGACUGGAA